AUGGGAGAGUACAACACGUGUCCGUCUUUCCUUUCCCCUUCCCCUUCCCCUUUCCCUUCCCCUUUCCCUUAUUUUCUGUUCCUUGCCUUUUUUUACUUCCUUCCCCCCCUUUUUUUUUCUCCGCUUUGCCGGCAACUCUCUGAACAUCGGUGGCGGCGGCCCUCGGCCCUCGGUGGGGUUAGGGUCGGCGUUGGCCACCCUCGAGCCAAGAAACAAACCUCCCCACAAGGGGGCGGCCUUCACCCACGUUGUCGAUUCGCACCAUCGGGCAUCACAAGGAGACGGCGGCUUUCUUACUUUUAGGCGCGAUCGUGCCGAAGGAUAGAGAGUGAGUCUACGCCCAUUUGUCCCGACAGCUUCUUUGUCCGAGACUGAUUUUUGGCGCUCUUCCAGUGUCGUCGACAUCACUCAACGUGAGAUGAUCGAUGAAGCACGACGAUCUGCUCGAAUUGUCGUGAGCCGGCGGAGCCGCUGAGCGUGCGCGCGUCGCCCGAGCCCACUGGGAUGCGGUCGCACGUGAAUGCAUCAACGGCGACGGCUUCGUCGCCAUUUCGGAUGCUUUGCGUAACGUCAGCGACAUCGAGAAGCUUCCCGCUCGCUACUUCAAGACGAUUGAAUCGUUGCGCUUCACCCUCGCGCAAGGCCUGUACGACCUCUUCGUCGGCGGCGAGGCCUCGGGGCCGAUCUUCACUAAGCUCAAGGUGUUGCAUGCCGCAUUCCCGUACUUCCUCGUCAAACAGGCGUUCAAGAUUGGCCGGUUCAAGACGAUGUCCAAAUACUUGCAGGACAUCCUAUUGGCUCGACCGUUCAGGAGCAAGAGCUUGCUUCAGAAGUGA